AUGCCCUCCCAGUCCACUUUCAACUUCAGCUACCCUUUGGCUGCUGCAAAAACCCAACCCUUCGCAGGCGAAGACCUCAUGAACAACUUCUUCAGCGCUCCAUCUCCCUUCCCCUUCGCGUCUUGCGCCCUUGAACAUCUUAACACAAGCAAGAAGCAGUACUCUGGCUUCCACUCAAAGGAAAGCGACGGUUUGGCGCUCUUCCCUAUGGGUGAUGGAGCCGCUACCUCGGAGGUUUUCAACAACGGUACUGCUCUUGAUGGGAUUUUCUCACUGGGCGACUGGAUCGUCCUGGAAGAUGAACCUGCUCCUUCUCUCCCUCCCAGCUUUUUUGUCGAGCCUUUCACUAGCACCUCUGAGGCUGUAGAGCCGCCGGUCAAGGUCGCUUCGCCCGAGAAAGCGGCUCUGUCGUCUGGAUGCGUCUUAAAUCUGAUCCAGCUUCCCUCAAAGGAAGGAGCUCAUCCAAUUCCUUCUUCGAGCACAACUGGGGCAGGCUUAGUCAAGGAGACCCCGGAUUUUUAUUUCGACCGCGUGGAGAGCUCUAUAGGUUUGCCUUGCUUCGUCAACGACAAGUUUGGCAGGGCGAGAAUUUCCCUGGGGGUUACUGCGCCCCACUUGGCGCGCCUAUAUUCCCGAUCCGCGAUUAAACAGGCUGACUCAGUUCCUCAUGAGCAUGUCCGACUUUCAGACGUCAAUUCUUAUGCCGAUGUGGGUGACAUCCAUAAUGCUGUAGACUUAUCUCUGACAGUCGAAGAGAGUUACGAGGUCCAGUCUGUUUACGCCCCGCUGCCUCACACUGUCCCUGUCAGCCCUUUUCCCGUUCCUGCGCGCGCGAGCUCCAGCAGCGACCUCGCAAAGCCUGUCAAUCCACCAAAGGCCUUAGCUCUUCCCGCGAAACGAAAUCCUCGCAAGAGAAGCCAGGUGGACGAGGAUGACGAAGAUUUCGUUGGCGGGCCUGCGCUGAAGAAGCGGAAAGCGGACUCGACCACACGCGCCUCCAGGGCUGGUAUCCAUUGCCAUUUGUGCGGGAAGUGGUGCGAUAACGCUAACAAUAUGAGGCGCCACAUGAGGAAAGAUGGUCAUGGUAGCACCAAAUUGCCAUGCCUGGUCAAGACUUGCUCGGGACGUUUUACUCGGGAGGACUCCUUAAAACGACAUCUCGAGAAUAAGCAUCAAUGGGAAUUUCCGAACCCGGUGUGGGACGCGUGGAUGGUGAAGCAAAAAGAGGACCUCGCCGAACAAGCGAAAUCAAUACUGACUUACUGACCAUUAUUCUCUCAUACACCAAUAAGUAUCGGCUCUAUCAUCAUGCACAUAUUAUGCCUACGAUUCUAUUAUACUACUAUAUCGACACUUAUAGUACCCCCUAGCUAUCAUCUCUCAAAUGUAUACCCUACUGAUCUAAGUAAUUACUAUGAACAAUCUAUGACUUUUAUG